AGAAAGAAGAGAGGAAAAGAGAAGCAGCAGUAAACCAUCAGAGCCUCAAGAUGAAAGUCUGUCACACUUUGAUCUGCUGCUUCUUCCUCUCUCUGCUGGAUGGAAACACUGUUCUCAUCGAUGCACAGAACGUCUUUUCAGGAACUAAAGGAGAAAAUGCCACAGUUCAGUGUUCCUUUACUUUUUCCUGGAACAACAAAGAUCUUCUGUAAGAACAAAUGUGAACCAGGAAACAUUCUCAUUGAAACAACAGAAGACACAGCUCAGAGAGGCAGAUACAGCAUCAGAUAUAAAGAAACAAAUGUAGCACUUCUUUCUGUGACCUUCACCAAUCUGACCAAGUCUGACUCAGGACUGUACAGCUGUGGUUUGAUCAGAACUCAGUUGGUGCAGUUUGAAAUCAUUGUCAGAGAUGCACUGCUGACUGGAAACCAUGAAGACAAACUGCUCAAAAUGAGAACUGGAGAAGACGUCACAGUUCAAUGUUUCUUUACUUCCUUUGGAAUAUCAAAGUUCUUCUGUAAAGACUCAUGUCAAGAAAAGGUUCUUGUUGGAACAGCUGGUGACAGAGCUCAGAUAGACAGAUACAGCAUCAGAUAUUUAACAGGAACUAGAGGAGGAUCCUUUCUGUUUGUGACCAUCACAAAUCUGACCAAGUCUGACUCAGGACAGUACUGGUGUGGUCUGGACUCGUCUUCACUCAGGGACUUUGAGCUCAUUGUUACAGAUGCAUCAGUCGCAUCAACACCACCAACCACUGACCAGUCUGACACAACACCUGAAGAUGUGAUGCUGUAUGUGGGUGUGACUCUGGGCCUCCUGGUCAUCCUGUUAGCAGUGGCAGCACUGGUGUUUUACAGAAAGAGGACUUUAAAAUCUAAAGAACCUCCUGUGGAGGCAGAGUAUGCUUCUGUCACUGAGGUCAACCGAGUGUAUGAGGGUAUCAGGGAGGGGGACAGACAGAGCAGGCCUCCUGUGGAAAUCUCUUCUGUUCACACUGGAGCCACAUACACCAAAUCAGACGGAGCCAAAACCAGUGACGACAGCUUCGAUGCUGGAGCCACUUCUCAGCACCAAGCUGAGGAUGACUCAGGUGCACUCACCUACGCUCAGGUGAAUUUUUCGGCUGCAGGCUCGUCCACCCGCGAGCCGCGUGGUAACGACACUGAUGUUGUUUAUUCUGCUCUAAAGGUAGAUGAAGGCUCUGAUGACAAUCCUCUUUACUCUGCUGUUAGUUAACAUCAGACUUCAUCACUGCCACUUCACUCUCACCCCAGCAGGAAGAACGACUCUGAAUCUGAAAGUUUUUCAUGUGAGAUCCUGUAAAAAGUUUUAUAUGUAUCCAUCAGAUCUAUCAGUUUGUAAGCUGCCUUUAUAACUGCUACUUUUGCUAAAGUAAUCCUAUAUGUUGUUUUAAAUAUUAUUAUCACAGGAAGUUAUUUUUGUUAAAGACAAAUAAUUUACAUUUAAGUCAUUAUCAGCAGAGUUAUCAUUAAGUUAUACUGUUUGAAGUUAAGAUAAACUCCUUUUGGAAGAGAGAGCGUGAAGUUUGCCAUAAAAUACUUCACUCAAGCUCAGUUUACAUACAUUUAAAGUAAUAAUAAAUAAAUAUGAUCCAUUAUU